UCCCCUUCCUGGCUUGGCUCCUCCCCCAGAAUCUGCCUUUUGAACAUGCAUGCCUAAUUAGCCUCCCCAGAGAGGUGUGGGGAAAGGGCUCUCCACGCGCGUGGUGCUGAUCUGUGCUGGGGGCAGGAGGAAGGCGUGUGGCUGGAGGGGCCGGAUUAUGUUGUUGCAUGUUAAGGCACUCAAUAUCAUCUUCCUGCGUAUAACUUGUUGUUGUUGCAAAUGGUCUUCUGAGGCAAAUUGGUAAAUUUGUGAAAAAUGGAAAAAUCUGAACUCCGGCCAGUGAUAAAGUACCUGUCCCUGAGGAGGUUCAUGCCGAUAAGCAGCAAACUCUGGUGGAGAAUGCACUAACCUAUUUGACCGUUGUGAAGUGGCAGAGAGAAUUCGGGUUUGGCCGAUAAUCAUGUGGAGAUGGAGAAUGCACAGGAUGGCCCUCAACAUCCACCAUGCAGAAAAACAUCAACAGUGUGUGUGAUCUCAUGAUGCAGGACAGGAGAAUGGCAGUCAGGACAAUUGCUGACUCCAUGGGCAUCUCAGUUGGCAGAGACUUUGAUGGAACCACAUUCCAGCUGAAGCAGGUCUGAGUGAAGGCAAAAGUCUCGGUGGGGGAUCUAGCCCUUGGACAACUCGGAGAGAAAACAGGAGUUAGGCAAAGGGCUCAGAACCUCAGACAGCUCCGAGGGGAGGCAGGAGAGACUUAGCUGGAACCUAACACCAGAGCAGAGUUCUUGGUCCUGCCGUGUUAUCUUUGUGAGGUCACAUAACAAUGAAAAUAGAGGAGCAAGACCCCAUCGCCCUUACCUUAGGGGAGGGAUCAGGAAGAACAGGAGAAACCCCUCAUCUUAUCCAGGUUCAGAGUACUGGGGAAGAGGUUAAACGGGAAUCAGAUGAAGGGACGCUUCUACACUGGGACGCACAAUGGCAGGAGUUCCUGGAAUCCCCUCACGCCGGCUUGGGAGCCCCACAGUUCCCAGAGGAACCUGCCCCAUGGAAUGACGCUACCACUUUCCUGGCUUCCUUUGAGCAAGUGGCCGAAUCCUGUCAGUGGCCCAGAGAAGUGUGGGCAACUCGACUCCUGCCAGCCCUCAGUGGAGAAGCGGAGCAGGCCUUUAGCAGGCUGGAUGCUGAAGAUAGAUGGGAUUAUGGGAAGGUGAAGGCAGCCAUCUUGCGAGGAGACAUCAUGAGAAGGGAGAAGCAACGUCAACACUUCCGGCGUUUCUGCUACCAAGAGGCCGAGGGGCCCAGAGGGGCUUACAGGAGACUGCAAGAGCUUUGCCAUGGGUGGCUGAAGGUCGAGAGAUACUCCAAGGAGCAGAUCCUGGAGCUGCUGAUCCUGGAGCAAUUCCUGGCCAUUCUUCCCCCAGAGAUCCAGAGCUGGGUGAGGGAACAUGGCCCAGAGACCUGUUCCCAGGCAGUAACCCUGGCUGAAGAUUUCCUACUGAGACAGCGAACGGCCGAGAGACAGGAAAACCAGGCCCUGCCGUUAUCGGCUGCCCCACCCUCUGAGCAAGAGCAGACUCCAGAGCGUGACUCCAGGAGGAGGUGGCUGCGUGGGGAGCCCAAGCAGGAGGGUGAAGAAGGCAAUGAAGCUGAAAGCAUAAGAGAAACUGUGGUGGAGAACUUCCUGCUGGAAGGCCUUCCUUCAGAAGAAACAUUGGAAAGUUCACUAGGAGGAUUCCGAGAGAAUAUUUCCAUCCUGACGGAGCUGGCUGAGAGGUUUGUGUGUGAGCAUGAGGAUGAGGCAGAACCCUGUGAGAUUUCUGCAGAAGGAACUGACGAUCCAGAAGUGGAGGAGGACUCCAGGAAUCCAAAUGGACCCAAGACACAGCAGGAAAAAACAGCAGAAGCAAAGGAGAACAGGGGGAAUGCAUGGGUUGUUUGCCAGGUCAAAAGUUGUCAUGAAACUCCAGGCCAACAGAAAAUACAGAAGGCAAAGAGAAAGUGCCAAGGGUGUGGGAAAGGCUUUGCAUCUACAGCAGGGCUAAGGAAACAUCAGAGAGUCCACACAGGAGAAAAACAUUACCACUGCGUGGAGUGUGGCAAGAGCUUCCACACAAGCACCCAGCUCACACUGCACCGGAGGAUCCACAUGAGGGAGAAGCCCUACAAAUGCCUGGAGUGUGACAAGAGGUGCAGCAGCAAACCGGCCCUUAUUUCGCAUCAGAGAAUCCAUGGAGGCGAAAAGUCUUACAGAUGCACUAAGUGUCGCAAGAGCUUCAGCUCAAGCGCGUGCUUGAUUGAGCAUCAGUGCACGCACACUGACGCGAAGCCGUACAUGUGCCUGGAGUGCAGCAAGACCUUCAGGCGGAAAGACCAUCUCGUUCUGCAUCAAAGAAUCCACACGGGGGAGAAACCUUACCACUGCAUGGAGUGUGGCAAGAGCUUCCGCACAAGCACCCAGUUCACGUUCCACCGGAGGAUCCACACGGGGGAGAAGCCCUACAAAUGCCUGGAGUGUGACAAGAGGUUCAUCAGCAAACAAGAACUUAUUUCGCACCAGAGAAUCCACGAAGCCAAAAAGCCUUCCAGAUGCUCUGAGUGUCGCAAGAGCUUCAGCUCAAGAGCGUGCUUGAUUGAGCAUCAGCGCACGCACACUGAUGUGAGGCCGUACGUGUGCCUGGAGUGCGGCAAGACCUUCAGGCGGGGAGACCAUCUCGUUCUGCACCAAAGAAUCCACACAGGGGAGAAACCGUAUCGGUGUCUGGAGUGUGGCAAGUGCUUCAGGCAGGGCUCCAACCUCACUUUGCAUCAAAGAAUCCACACAGGAGAGAAGCCCUAUCAAUGCCUGAGGUGCGGGAAGAGCUUCAUUGGCAAGUCAAGCCUCACUUCGCAUCACAGGACCUGCCCGGAGGUAAAACACUGUAAAUAAUUGGAUUGUGGAAAGGACUUUAUGCAGGCAUUCACCUACAGGAUAGAUAAAUCACACAAAGACAGUUUUGCCCAUGGACAGAAGAACUACCCUGUUUACCCAAAUGCGAGACGGGAGGGCAGUUCACAGGACCAUCAACUGGGCAGGAGAUGAGUCUUACCCAUUUUCGGGAGCUGGGUAUGCUCCUGUUUUGUGAUCAUUGUUUGAUACAAACAAGUCAAGUGAUGAGGAGUAGAAGUUGGUGUCUCCCAUGUGUCUCUUUCUAGAUAACGAGCCCCUUGGGACAGGGAAUGAAUGACCCUCCUACCUGGGCAAAGAGAUAUCCUUUAAAGUGGCAGCUCUCUUAUCUUUAGCAGGGGGAGAGCCACUGUCCCUGUUUAUAGCCCAGCAUCUCAUCCUUCCCAGUGACUGCUACUGGUGUCUCCCUUGUGUUUCUUUCUAGAUUGUAUAUCCCUUUGGGGGUAAGGAGUUGAUUACUCUUGGAACUGGGCAAAGAGACACUUUCUAAAGUGGUGGCUCUCUUAUCUUUCGCAGGAGGGGAGCAACUGUCCGUAUUCAGCCCAGCCUAGCAUUUCUCCCAGUGGCUAUUGCUGGUGUCUCCCCUCUUUUGACUGUGAGCCGCUUUGGGACAGGGCACCAUUUUCUUAUUCCUUUUGCUCUGUAGACCGCUUUGAGAGCUUUCUUUUUUGUUGAAAAGUGGUAUAUAAAUAUUCAUAUUAAUAAUAACUAAUAAUUUCUUUAUUUGCUUUCUAAUAAGUUGACAUGUUUUCGAUUUCACCUGUUAGAUAAGGAAGGAGCAGGCUUUCUCUUGUAUGUAAUACAGAAGACUCAAAGUCCUCUAUAUUGCAAAUGCACCUGCUUGAAGGUUUGUAAACAAUAAAAUGUUAAAAGUU